CUUCGGUAGACGUGUUUUUAUUUUACUCGUGCUCUGUCAGGUGGUUGUACAUGUGCUGGUUUUGUGUCGCUAGCUGUUAGCCGUUAGCAACAUCAGCUAGCUGGGAAAAAAACAAUGAAGCAACUGGAUAACCUCUUGUGUUUACAGUUACGUGUUGUGACGUAUGACAAACGCUACUUCACGUUGUUUUAUAUAUUUUGGUCCUAAGCGUUGUCGAAUAGAUGGCUACAGCUUGUAAUACAUUUUCAAUGGGAAACGCUAAUGUAUUGACAUAGCGUGCGCUUUAUCGAAGCAAGAAGUCCACUGGGGUCUAGACAUGGAGGUGCCUUACUACCUGCCCAAAUUGCUUUUUGAGCUAAACGAGCAGCGCAAGCGGGGCUUCUUCUGUGACUGCAGCAUCCUCGUCGAGGGUCGUGUCUUCAAGGCACACCGGAAUGUGCUGUUUGCGGGAAGCGGUUACUUUCGGGCUCUUUUGGUUCACUAUUUACAGGACAGUGGACAGCGCCACAGCACAGCAUCAUUAGACAUAGUCACAGCUGAUGCCUUCUCCGCCAUCUUAGACUUCCUUUACUCUGGCCGCUUGUGUUUAAGCAGUGGCAAUGUAAUCGAGGUGAUGUCAGCGGCCAGCUACUUGCAAAUGACUGAUUUGGUGAACCUUUGCAAAGGGUACAUCCGCUCAUCUUUAGAAAUAUGUAACAAAGGCAAGGAGGGCAAAACAGAAGAGGAGAAUGCAGAAGAGGAAGGAAGGUACAGACCUGCGGACAGCGGAACUCCUGCUGCGACAAAUCCCGGCGGCGUCGGGCUUGUGGAGCCUCGUUCACAGGGUACAGAAGCAGAUGGAGCAUCUGUAAACCCAACUCAUAGCCCUUUGCCCAUCCACAAUGACACCCCUCCAGUUCUAAGCAAAGACUGCCAUUCUGGUGAGGAAAGACCAAAAGCACAAAUGGAUCCUGCGAACCUCUCCUCCUCUUCAUGUUCUGCUUUGACGCCAGAGUUAGUGAACCCCAAAAUAGAGUACGACCCGGAUGAGGAGCUUUUAGAAUCCCCCGACAGUAAAGAUCUGGCUUCAUAUCCUGGACCCUCUCUUCCUCAUCAUAGCAAACAACUUCCCCCAAGUGUCAGCCUGUCCACUGAGCGCGCCUUCAUGGGCUCUUCUUUUAAUGCCAGGCAGCUGAUGGAAAUGCUGGCCAGGGGGGAAGGCCCUAAGGUGGAGCGAGGGGGCCAGCGCUUUUCCCAAGGAGCACCUGGUAGCAGCUUGGUAGCAGGCAGAAUGGAGGAUGGUUUAGGCUUUGUGGGGUCAUCUGUGAUGGAGAUCCAGUCUGAUUGGCUAGGGGAGGAUACAGGAGAUAACUUGCUGGUGCCGGUUAAACUCCACAAAUGCCCGUUCUGUCCAUACACGGCCAAGCAGAAAGGCAUUAUGAAGAGGCACAUUCGCUGUCACACAGGAGAGAGGCCCUUCCCUUGUCCCAUGUGUGGCAAGAGGUUCACAAGGCAGGAGCACCUUCGCACCCACGCCUUGAGCGUGCACAGGCACGACUUGCCUGUGUCGUGCAAGAGCUGCAGGCGUGUCUUCACCGGAUCCACCGUAUCGCCUGGAUUGAGACGCUACGGCAUCUGCGACAGCUGCAACUGUGUGACCACCACUCACACCGACUCCACGCCGGUCCACGCGGCCAGCCAAGCGGAGCCCAUGGAACGUGGAGACGGGGGCACUGACUGGUCCAGCUUCAUGGAUGACGUUGAUGAGGUGGAGGUGGGCCGGGUGGAGGAUUUGGUGGAGAAACAGAUGCUCGAAAAGCAGCUGGCUGCCUGCAAUAAUGAUGGUGGUGUGCUGUGUUUACCGGGAAUGGUGCGGCAAGAGGAAGACUUGCAGAGAAGGAAACGCUCUGUCGACAAGAACCGGGCAAAGCAAAUGGGAGUUCGUAGUGGAAGUGUACAAAAAGGCAAGCAUCCUUGUUGUAAUUUGUGUUCCACAAAUUACAACCUUAUUUUGUUUUGUUUGUUUCUCAUAUUAUGACUUUUAAAAAAAGUA